AUGGUAGAGCCAUCUAAUCCAAGGGCACCAGCGGGAUUCAAAUUCUUGGAAGUUUUUAUUACACUUCCUGCAGAAUGUCCUAAAAUGUAUGAUAAGCUGAAACAGAUGAGAGACCGUCUUACCUCGCACAAGCAUCUAAUCGACCGAACUACUCCGUUUAAUCCCGGGGCUUACGAUUUAUAUUUCAAGGUCUACGAGAACAUGAACCACCCGGCAGUUGUAGCAAUACGUUAUCUAGCCGAUAAGGGAGAGAAGCAGGUCAUUGGUGAGCUUAUUACGAUAUGUGUUCCAGAAAAAGUCCGGGUCGACUGGGACCCAAUGAUGCCGGUCCGAGAGAAACCAGAAGAUGAUCGCAACUAUGUGAGAUACGGAAAUCUUUGGUUUAACGAAGAUUUUCUGAUUUGCUAUAAUGCUGUCUUGUCUAUGGUCAAUGGUUUGCUUGAGGGCGAGGAGAGGGUACAGGAAAAAGAAGCACGGCGUCGGUUUCAGAACCCAGAUCCCUAUUACCCCUCUGAACACCCCGAGUGGAAAUUUUUCAAAAAGGAAAGUAGUUCUGAUGAAGGUGAUGAGAAGCCUGCCCGCCUUAGAUGGUAA